GUGAAUGCGAACGGAGGGAAAAGGAAAGGUUGCACAUGCGUACAAAUCCCCACGUUCAAUCAUCCCAGAAAUUAAAUAGAAAUUACGAUGACAACGAGAUGAGGAUUGGUUGCGACCGAGCAUUAAGUUCUUCUGCAUUUUGUUGUUGGUGUUGUUGUUGUUGUCGGUUUUCAAAGCUGAGCUGUUAUCUUGACCUCGUGCCGUCUUCUGAUCCAUAUAUAUUACGACCAAUUACGCUUUCUGGCUCCUUCAGUAGCUAACUCUGCAAGUUUUUUUUUUCCAGUUUGUUUUGGGAGAGAAGCACCUUCGAGCAAUGGCUACUCCGUUCGAUUCGAGAGGGCGGUCCGCGGUUCGAGUGGCGGUGGUGUUAGCUGCGUGCAUUCUAUGCGCUGGUGUCGCCUCCGCUGGACGGUCAAUGGCAAGCGUUAGCGUGGACGUGCUCGGUGUGAGAGACGGAAUCAAAAGAAAGAUUCUCGAGAACGGGCUCGGUUUGACUCCUCAAAUGGGAUGGAAUAGCUGGAACCACUUCAAUUGUCACAUCAACGAAAACUUGAUAAAGGAAACAGCGGAUGCGAUCGUCUCAUCAGGACUUGCUGCACUAGGAUACGAUUUCUGCUUUUUUCCCCUCUUUUUUUCUUUUUUUUCUUUUAAAGAUGAUUGCUGGGCUGAGCUUAAUAGAGACUCUCAGGGUAAUUUGGUUUCCAAGGCUUCAGCAUUUCCAUCUGGAAUUAAGGCACUAGCUGAUUAUGUUCACAGCAAAGGCCUGAAGCUUGGGAUCUACUCCGAUGCUGGAUCUCAAACAUGCAGUAGAACAAUGCCUGGAUCACUCGGUCAUGAAGAGCAAGAUGCAAAAACUUUUGCUUCCUGGGGGGUUGAUUACUUGAAGUAUGAUAACUGCAACAAUCCCGGUACGAGUCCCAAGGAAAGGUACCCAAUCAUGAGUAAAGCCCUGUUGAACUCUGGAAGAAAAAUCUUCUUCUCUCUCUGUGAAUGGGGACAAGAAGACCCUGCAACUUGGGCUUCGGCCAUAGGGAAUAGCUGGAGAACGACCGGAGACAUUUCUGACCACUGGGACAGCAUGACAUCUCGGGCGGAUCAGAAUGAUAAAUGGGCGUCGUAUGCUGGACCUGGUGGAUGGAAUGAUCCCGACAUGCUUGAAGUCGGAAAUGGCGGAAUGACCACAGAAGAAUACCGGUCGCAUUUCAGCAUAUGGGCAUUGGCCAAGGCUCCCUUGUUGAUUGGUUGUGAUGUGCGAUCGGUGGACAACACGACCCUCAGGUUGCUGAGCAACAAGGAAGUUAUUGCUGUUAAUCAAGAUAGCCUUGGCGCUCAGGGGAAAAAGGUUAAGUCAGAUGGCAAUCUUGAGGUUUGGGCAGGUCCCCUCAGCGCGAACAGGGUAGCGGUGGUUCUAUGGAAUAGAGGUUCAUCGAGAGCCACGGUCACUGCCACUUGGUCCGACAUCGGUCUCAGCUCUACGACACUAGUCCAUGCAAGAGACUUGUGGAUGCAUUCCACCCAAAGUUCAAUCAGGGGACAAAUCUCAGCUGACAUCAACCCCCACGCUUGUGUCAUGUAUGUUUUGACUCCGCAAUAACGCGGGAACGUCAGGAGAAAGGAAACUGGGUUGAAAAUAAAGGCCGUGCAGAAAAAAGAAAAAUCUGUGCUUUUUUUAUCCUGUUUCAUCAUUGAUGUAAGAAAUAAACCACUGAAUCGUCAUCAUAUGACAGAGAUAUGAUCACCAAGUUCAGCA